UAGACAACCUGGCCUUGGGCUUGCUUUUUCUUAUCCUACGAGAAGAAAAGGAAAAAGAAAACCGUUCAUGUCUAUCAAAUUUCUCUCUCCCUCUCCUUCUUCCUCAGCGAGAUUGCCACUGAACUUCGACUCACAGUGAUAAGGGGAAAUCAUACCGACCAUCUUCUCCUUCCAUGGGAACUCCAUCAGCUGCCAUGUACUCUACUAAAUACAAUAGGGGUUUCCAAUUCAGUAGCAAAAUCUCAGCUAGGCAUUUCAACAAACACCUGGCAUACCAAAGAAAACCAUCCGUUUCCUUGCCGAGUAGCGCGGUAAAUUUAUCAAAUUUCUCAGGUUUUUCUUUAAAUUCAGCUAAUAUUAGGCGUGCUCAUGUACUUCAACCGAUUAACUGUGCAUUUGCUGAGAACCCCACUUCAAAUUUUCAGCCCCAAGUGCUGUUACAGAACUUUAGAAAUUUAUCGUUUGAUUCAGUUAAAGGAGGAUUAUCUGAAUUAACCCCAAUUGGUGUCUGCAAGUGGGUAGGAAUUGCUGCUUUUGCUAUUGCAGCAGCAAAAUGGGCAGUUAAUUUGGUGUUGAACCCUUUUGUUUGGAUGUACUUUAGUUGGACAUGGUUGUUUUGGCCAUGGUUUGUAGCAAUUGGGCUUGGGGUUUAUGGUAUUUAUUGUUUCCGAAAGCAUUCUCGUUGUGAAGCGAGUAUAGUUGAGCAACUUGCCAUUGUUACUUCUGCAUUCACUUGGUUGACUCUAGUUCCACCAGCAUAUUUCAAUGGGUUUUUAGAAGGAUGGCCUUAUGUGUUUUUCUUUGUUUAUCACUACUUCUUCUUUUUCAAUGUGAGCAUUCGGAAACGGCUUUAUGGGGAUUACAAUAUGAGGCCACAUGAUCCCAAGUGGGAUGUGAGUGUUCCUAAUUGGUACCAGGUUUUGUUCGGUGUUGGAGUUAUGGUUGGACAUUGGCUUGCAGCUUUUGAGGGUCCAGAAUUGCAUCUUAUUCCGGGGGGAUGGAGCAACAUUGGGAUUUGGGGUCUGAUAAUGGCCACGCUCUUUAUGCAUUAUAAUGCGUCAUUGUACCUAGCAAAGUACUCAGAGAAGAUUGUAGUGCCAACUUCAGUUGUGCAAUUUGGGCCGUAUAGAUGGGUUCGUCAUCCCAUUUAUGCAUCCACGAUGCUUUUGUUCCUCACAUACUUUGUGGCACUCAGGGCUCCACUGAGUUGCCUAUACACAAUUGGUGUUUGUAUAAUGUAUUACGAUCAGAAAGCGAAGUUGGAGGAAGAGUUGAUGGCAGACACAUUCAGAGAGAGCUAUCUUGAGUACAUGAGCAAAGUUAGGUACAAAUUCAUUCCUUUUGUUUACUAGAUAUGACAUAUGUCUCAGUACUAGCUGUUGCUUGUGAUAUUUGAUAGAUGCGAAUGGAAAAUAAGAGUUAUAGCAUUUCCUCAAUUAUGCACUUGCUUGGAUGAUUGUUGUUUUGAUGAUUUUGUGGAACUAGUCAAUCAGUCGAAUCUUUUCUGUUCUUUAUACUCAGCUAGGGUCGUACAAUACUAUCUUCCCUUUUGUUUA